AACCACUCUCUAAACGUCGCUAUAUCAUCACUCUAGCGGUUCACUGCUCAACUGUCUGGGUCUCCGUGUCUGGCGUUUCGGUGAUAAUUGUGGCUGAGAGCUGAGGUUUAGGUUUUCCUCUUGCCGCUAUAUCGGAGGACACUUUCUCUGGUCCCUUGUUUUUUGUUGGAUAUAUUUUCCUAGCGGACUGACAGGCAGCGUCAGUCGAACAGCGGGUUUAUUUUCUCUUCAGCCCGGGGCCGCAUCGAGGGAACUAUGGGGAAAGACUAUUAUAAAAUCCUGGGUAUAGCGAAAGGAGCGGCCGAGGAGGAUAUCAAAAAAGCUUACCGAAAACAGGCUCUGAAAUGGCACCCGGAUAAAAAUAAGGGAGCCAACGCGGAGGAGAAAUUUAAAGAGAUUGCAGAGGCAUAUGAAGUUCUCAGUGAUCCGAAGAAAAGAGAGAUAUAUGACCAAUAUGGCGAGGAAGGUCUCAAAGGGGGCGGCGGCCCCGGAGGCGGACCAGAAGGCCACGGCAGCAACUUCACCUACACUUUCCACGGUGAUCCACAUGCCACCUUCGCCACCUUCUUUGGCGGCGCCAACCCCUUCGAGAUGUUCUUCGGCCGCAAGGCAAACGGGCGCGGCCCGGGCGGUGACGACGAGGACAUGGAGGUGGACGGCAACGACCCAUUCGGCUCGUUCACCUCGUUCAAUCUGAACGGGUUCCCACGGGAACGUCACGUGGGGGUCGGAGGUCAGCCGAGGAAGAAGCAGGACCCCGCCAUUCACCACGAGCUGCGGGUGUCGCUGGAGGAAGUGUUUCACGGCUGCACCAAGCGGAUGAAGAUCAGCCGCAAGCGGAUGAACCCUGACGGCAGAACCAUGAGAACCGAGGAUAAGAUACUGACCAUAGAGAUCAAACGAGGAUGGAAGGAGGGCACCAAGAUCACGUUUCCCAGGGAGGGGGACGAGUCGCCGAGCACCAUCCCAGCUGACAUUGUGUUUGUCAUCAAGGACAAGCCACACCCACACUUUAGGAGGGAGGGGUCUGACAUCGUGUACCCAGUGAAAGUUAGUCUACGCCAGUCAUUGUGUGGUUGCUCAGUGACCGUCUCUACAAUAGAUGGGAAGACGUGCAACAUGAAGAUCACGGACGUAAUCAAGCCAGGGACGAGGCAGACUGUGGCAGGGCAAGGCCUCCCCCUCCCCAAAAACCCCGAGCAGAGAGGGGACCUGGUGGUGGAGUUUGACGUCAACUUCCCUGAGAGUCUCCCCACCAAUGCCAAGGAUGUCCUCAAAAGGCAUUUACCUGCCUCCUAAAAGAACAAGCUGAACACGCGGAGAGACAAAGACCAGAGUGACGGGCGUGAAGACACACACACACACACACAUGCACGAAGACACGCACACACACACAUGCACAGAGACACACACACACACACACAGACAUCACUGACAGCUCAGAUGGAGCCCCUUUCUAUAGAAUGUGAAUUUAUAUUUUUUAUGUAUUUGGUGUUUUUUUUUAUAAAUACCAUUGCAUGCUGCGAAGUUGAUAGAAGUGCCAGUAAAUGUGUUGACGAGUAAACUCUUAAAUGUGGGUUCUGCCCACACUCACCUUACGCUCCUGUUUUCUCAAUCAAACUGCUCCCUCACUUAUGUUAUACUAUUAUUACUGUGUCGAACAGUGAGGCCAGUGAGUAGGUAUAUGGCCAAUAUACCGUGGCUAUGGGCUGUUGUUCCUAGGCACAAUUUACUGGCAUACUGUACAGUACUGUUCAUUUAGCCAAUGAAAUGCCUCGUUGCAAUUAUAAACUGGUGACCAAGGUAUGUGCCACAUCGUUCAACCAGUCAGCAUUCAGGACCCAAACCCAAAGGCUUAUAAUCUAUGAUAGUAUGUAUGUUCUCUCCAGACACAAGUAAUGGCCUUGAUUAGGCUGUGAUCCACAUCGUAUUUCCUGAGCCAAGAUUGUUACCAGCAAGGCACUGAACAUAUUUUCAUAAUAAACUACGGUAUGAUCUUUU